ACGCUUGACAGAUAUUGACACCAUGUAAAAGCGCGUAACACCACAUCUUUUGGUUCUCCCCCACCUCCCAACUAUCCUUCCAUCCAGAAAACCUCUCUCUCUCUCUCUCUCUCUCUCUCUAACAAAACAGCCACCAGCUGAAUCAAAAAUAUGAACAAAAUCAAACACCGCUUCCUCUUCAUUUAGUCCAAUCAUCAAACACUUCAUCUACACCCCCCAAAAACCCCACGCCAACAAUGGCAGCCGCCGCCACUCUCUCUCUCCUCCCUUCUUCACUCAGCUUCACUCCCGACCGCCACUCACCUUCUCCGUCUCCUUCCUCCUCUUUCUUCGCCGGUGGGACCUACCCCUGGUCCCACAAGAACUUCCCUUCCGUUUCUUCUUCGUCGCAAUCCAACAGGGAGAUAUCUGCGAAGCGGUUCCGCACGGUGGUUAUGGCCGCAGCAGAUUAUUACUCCACUCUUGGGGUUCCUAGAAGUGCGACUAGUAAGGAAAUCAAGGCCGCUUACCGCAGGUUAGCUCGCCAGUACCACCCUGAUGUCAACAAACAACCUGGAGCAACUGAAAAGUUUAAGGAGAUCAGUUCUGCAUAUGAGGUGCUAUCAGAUGAGAAAAAGCGAGCUUUGUAUGAUAGGUAUGGUGAAGCUGGGGUUAAAAGUACUGUAGGAGGAGGACAAGCCGGUGCUUAUACGACUAAUCCUUUCGAUCUGUUUGAGACAUUCUUUGGGCCUAGUAUGGCUGGUUUUCCUGGUAUGGACCAAGCUGGAUUCAGAACGACUCGACGUAGUACAGUAACUAAGGGUGAAGAUAUACGUUAUGAUAUGACUUUGGAAUUUUCGGCGGCUAUAUUUGGAUCAGAAAAAGAAUUCAAACUUUCACAUCUUGAAGUAUGUGAAGCUUGUACCGGUACUGGAGCAAAGAUAGGGUCCAAAACGAGAAUAUGCUCAACUUGUGGCGGCAGAGGUCAAGUUAUGCGCACUGAACAAACACCAUUUGGCAUGUUUUCACAGGUUUCUGUCUGUCCAAAUUGUGGUGGAGUUGGUGAAGUCAUUUCUGAAUACUGUCGGAAAUGCUCAGGUGAGGGACGUAUUCGUGUUAAGAGAGAUAUCAAAGUUAAAAUUCCACCUGGAGUGAGCAAGGGCAGUAUUCUGAGAGUUGCUGGAGAGGGUGAUGCUGGACCAAAGGGGGGCCCUCCAGGAGAUCUUUUUGUCUACCUUGAUGUUGAGGAGAUUCCAGAGAUCCAAAGAGAUGGCAUAAAUCUACUUUCAACCGUUUCAAUAAGUUAUCUAGAUGCCAUCUUGGGUGCUGCUGUUCAGGUUAAGACAGUUGAAGGAGAUACUGAACUCCAGAUUCCUCCAGGUGCACAACCAGGUGAUGUGCUUGUACUAGCAAAGAAAGGAGCACCAAAGCUAAACAGACCAUCCAUCCGAGGUGACCACUUAUUUACAAUUAAAGUGACCAUACCCAAACGUAUUAGUGCCAAGGAGCGUGACGUGCUUGAAGAACUUGCUUUUCUGACUAGGAAUCCCAGCAGUCGUCCACAAUCUCGCCCUAAAGUUCAGCAAGCUUCUAGAAGUACACAAAGUGAAAAUGAUUCUGUUACAGAGGAUACUAAUGAAGAGGGAGAUCAGAAUGACCUGUGGAAGAAAUUAAAAGGUUUUGCUGGGUCUGUGGCAAAUGGAGCUCUAAAAUGGUUGAAAGGCAAUCUGUAGUUCAUGGACAACAAAAAUUCAUACUUCUCACCUCUGUUUACCAUGCAAUGCAUAGAUUUGUUUCCCUCAUCAGGCCCAGAAAAAAGGAUACUACACUCAGUCACUCAUAUCAAUUGAUGAUAAAUGUAAUGUAAUGUGCUGUAGCCAUCAAUAUCUCACCCUACUGCAUAUUCUGAGUUUUUUGUCCACCUCUUGUAAAUUGUAGCCGGGGCUUCGUCGAACAGACUCACAUUUUCGAGAGUAUUCAUUUGUAUGUCAUGAGCCAGUUUAGAUAGAGGACCUGGGAACUGUAACAAUUUUUGAGCCAAUAUACAUACAAUUUUUGCACCA